UCACUAAAAUGCCUGAGAAGGUGAUACAGUGGUAGAGUAACCACUUCCGGUCACACGAUGGGCUGUUAUACAGCCAUUAGAAUUGAGUGAGCUGUGUACCAGCUGACUUGGAAGCAGAAAUGUUUACACUGCUAAAUAAAAAAAAAAUGAGACUUAGACAUGGGUGUUGAACCCUACGCAAGGAUGGAGUUGACAGAUCAUGAAGACAUUAGGUGACAAAAUCAAAACCAAGACUAGCCCUGUGCUUGCUUUUUUUCCAGAUUGUUGGGGGAUAAAGGAAAUCAUGAUGAUUUUGUAGCAGAAAAAAAACAAUAUGAAAUUUACAGUUCCACAUCCACCAUGAAGCUUGACCAGAGCAGAGUCCCAUGGCUGCUUUUAGGCUACAGUAGCAGAGUUGUCAUUUCAGCAAACACCCUGCAGGCUACAAAGAAAAGAAUACAGGCUGCCUGGUUCUUUCUCGGAAAAACUUGUCAGUUCCUGGUUUACUGUUUCCCACACUUAAUAAUUCAGUAAAUUGAGUGCAUUUAUUUAUCUACUCAUCCAAUGCAUCAUUUAAUCAACUGAGGACAAAUGUCUACCAGUGGGGUUGGGCAGCAACCAGAGGCAAAUGAAAGCAGUCUUGUCCUAGAUCUGCCCCUCCACUUUUUUUCCUCAUGGUACCAUAGACUUACAUCCUGGUCCCCUUCACCAUCCAUCAUGUGCCCUGACCAUCUUGGUCUUUCCUAAGGAGGGAUACCUAAAAGAGUCCCCAUUGACUCCUGAUCUCUCAUCUCAUGAUUGAUGUCUAGAAAGACUCACCUUGAAACAGGUCAUGCUGUUGGUAUAAUUCUGAAGUUCUAAACACUCAAUCUUUACAUUUACAGCUUCUAUGACCCCCCAGAGAGGGUAGCUAAUAGUUUUCUACCUUAAGUCAUCGAUGGGAGCAGGUACCAGCCAUGGAGAAGGACAUGACAGCCUAUGUGUGUGAACCCUUGCAUAUAAAACCUAAGCCACUUCAAGACAUAUCCAGCAGUGCCUCAGACUCCAUGAGGAACCUAGAAGGUAGAUAUGUAUUACAGACCUGGGAGAAGUCUGGCUUGGAAGACCAGCUAAGGACUGGGGUGUGAGCUUUUAAGGCCCUGUCUUACUUUCGUCUUAUCCAUGUCCUGCACUUCACAAGGAACAGCUUGAUCUAUUGUUAGAACAGCAUUGGGUCAGUCACUAAGCCUUCCCCAACUUGCCUUUAGCUUGGUUGGAAGCCCAAUUGUCAGAGCUGGAAGAGAAGUGGCCAAGACCAAGAGGUGAAUGUAGAAGCCACAGGGCCCCAGAAUGGAGCCCAAUGGCACAGUUCAUUCCUGCUGCUUGGACUCUAUGGCAUUGAAAGUCACCAUCAGUGUGGUCCUUACCACGCUCAUCCUCAUCACCAUUGCUGGCAAUGUGGUCGUCUGCCUGGCUGUCAGCUUGAACCGUCGGCUCCGCAGUCUGACCAAUUGCUUCAUUGUGUCCCUGGCAGCCACUGACCUGCUUCUUGGACUCCUGGUGCUGCCCUUCUCUGCCAUUUACCAGCUGUCCUUCAAGUGGAGUUUUGGCCACGUCUUCUGCAACAUCUACACCAGCUUGGAUGUGAUGCUCUGCACGGCCUCCAUCCUCAACCUCUUCAUGAUCAGCUUGGACCGCUACUGCGCUGUCACGGACCCACUGCGGUACCCUGUGCUGGUCACCCCAGUUCGAGUUGCCAUCUCUUUGGUCUUUAUUUGGGUUAUUUCUAUCACCCUAUCCUUCCUCUCUAUUCACCUAGGAUGGAACAGCAGAAAUGGGACCAGAGGGGGCAAUGACACCUUCAAGUGCAAAGUCCAGGUCAAUGAGGUGUACGGACUGGUGGAUGGGCUGGUCACCUUCUACCUGCCUCUUCUCAUCAUGUGUGUCACUUACUACAGAAUCUUUAAGAUUGCCAGGGAGCAGGCCAAACGGAUCAACCACAUCAGCUCCUGGAAGGCAGCCACCAUCAGAGAGCACAAAGCCACCGUGACACUGGCGGCCGUCAUGGGAGCGUUCAUCAUCUGCUGGUUUCCUUACUUCACUGCAUUCGUUUACCGUGGGCUGAGAGGGGAUGAUGCCAUCAAUGAGGCGGUCGAGGGCAUUGUCCUAUGGUUGGGCUAUGCCAAUUCAGCCCUGAACCCCAUCCUGUACGCUGCUCUCAACAGAGACUUCCGCACGGCGUACCAACAGCUCUUCCACUGCAAGUUCGCAAGCCACAACUCUCACAAAACUUCCCUGAGGUUGAACAACUCUCUGCUGCCCAGGAGCCAGAGCCGAGAAGGUAGAUGGCAGGAGGAGAAGCCCUUGAAGCUCCAAGUGUGGAGUGGGACAGAACUCACACACCCCCAGGGAAACCCAAUCAGGAAAACAACACUGUCUUGCACCACACGCUCCAAUGGCCUCCCAAGCUGCUGCAAGAGCCUGUGGAGGCUUCGUUUCCUCAGGCAACACCUACAAGGAACCUCAGAGGAGCAAUCGGGGGAGCCACUGUCUGAGUAGACAGAAAGGACACAUCACAGGAAGGAAUGGGGGCGUUGCCCUAUGAGGCUGUCUAGAUCCUGCCCAGGACACCAAGAUACUGGCCUUAUUUCUUGGAUCUCUUUUCUGGAGCCCCUGUAGAUCAAGCCCCACCAAAACUACCAAGGACAAACUUCAGCCUGGAGGCUCACAGAACAUACAGAUCAGCUUCCCUGAGAGCAGAUUCCAGACAGGUACUUAGGCUUACUUAGGCUGAAUUCCCUGGGUUCAAAGCUCACGUUGGUGCUGGCCCUAGGAGUCAUGAGCAGAGAGAGCAGGGCAGAGACGUUUACACAUGUGUGCAUGGACACACUUCUAUAGAAAACAUGCACAUCUGCUGAGCAGGGCAAGGAAUGCGAUUAUACAGCACUGGCCCCACUCACUUCCUUGUGGGGGUCUCGAUAUGAGCAGAAAAAAAGAGAAGAGAAUGGGAGAGAAGGAAGAGGAGAAAAAUUGCCCUCCCUGAACACCUAACUAAGUUCUAGGUACUUUGCCUAUACAGGCUCUCAUAAUUUAUAUACAUACGCUUCGGAUAAACAUCACUGUCCAGACUUUACAGAGUCAGGGUAGUAUGGAAUGUACCUCAGGCCACUCAGCCAGAAAAUGUGCCUGAGAUAGAGGUACGCAGGGAAUACUCGGUGAGUGAAAGGGUGUGUGGGAAGAUGGAUGGAUGGAUGGUUGGAUAUAUAGAUGGAUGGACGAUGGAUGGAUGGAUGAUGGGUGGGUGGACGGAUGAAUGGAUGAGUAUAUAUGGAUGGAUGAUGGAUGAUAGAUUGAUGAAUGGAUGGAUGGAUGGGUAUAUAGAUGGAUGAUUGAUGGAUGGAGGGAUGAUGGAUGGAGGAUGGAUGGAUGGAGGAUGGAUGGAUGGGUAUAUAGAUGGAUGAUUGAUGGAUGGAUGGAGGAUGGAUGGAUGAUGGAUGGAUGGAUGGAUGAUAGAUUGAUGAAUGGAUGGAUGGAUGGGUAUAUAGAUGGAUGAUUGAUGGAUGGGUGGAGGAUGGAUGGAGGAUGGAUGGAGGAUGGAUGGAUGGAUGGAUGGAUGAAUGAAUGGUUGGAUGGAUGGAAAUCCAGGCUUAUGUCCAUGUUUUCUAAACGACAUUGACACUUGGAAGAGAAGCCAAGAUAGUUCCUUAACUCAGCUAACCCUCCUCUAGCAAGACUUAGCCCUUCAAGAAGCCCUCCAUGAUGAGCUACAGCCAUUGAUGGUGCCUGUUAUCAACAGGAAGGGGUGUACAGUGGACUUGUGGGGCAAAGUGUGUCUAUUGAGUCCCAGGCAAGAACAGGUAGAAGUUGGGAAGAUGCAAAGAGUACAAAUGUGUAGGCUGACCUAGUGCCACCCUCACCUGGCUACAUAACCAGGACAAUUCCUGGCCCUUUGGGCAGCUCUUUUACCCCUCUGUAUACAUGGAUUAAACUCCCUCUCUGUAGUUAGAGAACUACUGAAGAGGUGAAGUAGGUGAGCGCUCCAGAGAGAAGAGGCUGCCUGGGCUUCUCUCCCCUAGGGCUUCUCAAUGGCAUUGCCCUUCCUUGACUCCAACCCCUCCUUAAUACCUAUGUUUCCUUGGGUUUCCAAGACCCUCUCCUGCCCCCAACCCUGUCCACCUUUUAUGUGACUUCCCAGUCCUUGCCUUCCACAUGACCAUUGGAUACAACCACUCCCUGGAGCUCAGUGAUGGGACUUCUCACCUUGGCUGUCCCUUUGGGACCCCAUCUACAUCCACGACUUUUGUCACAAAACAGAAGGAGAUUAUUUACUGAUUCACAAUUGUAGGCAAAGCAUUAGCCCCUGGGUCACUUCCCCCUGCAUAUUUCAAAGGCACCUUACCUUUAACAACCUUGCCUUUAACAACCUUACCUUUAACAACCUUACCUUUAACAACCUUGCCUUUAACAUGUCCACACGUGCACUCUCCAGCUCCUCCCUCACCUGCUUCUCCCUUCUCAAGCACAGGACACAUCCUGGGCUUCAAAAGCCUUGGUCAUCCUUGGCCCCUCCUUUGACCAUGCUUCUUCUCAUGGGAGACAACUAGAGUCUUAGCUACAACACAUAACCGCCAUCCAAUUGAUAGUACUCAUCGUCCCUGUCUCACAUGACCCCGCUGCUAUAGUCUCCAUCGGGACAGCUGGAAAAGCUGCCUAGAUCUCUUUCCUACACCCACCCCACCCUCUUUCUCCCAUCAGCUCUCCACAAACAGCUUCAGUGGGCUGUGAAAACGCAUACCCUACUGUGUCACAUCCAGGAUGGAACCUUCUUUAGAGUGACCCGCUGACCUAGCCUUGUUAGCUUCCGUGUCCCUCUAGCCUCCCACUUCCCCAUCCCCUUCCUUCUCUUAAUUCCACUCCUGUUUGUCUUAGCAUUUUAUUUAGAUCUACUAUUUCUAGCAGACAAGGCACUCAGAGUGCUAUUUCCAUGACCUCAAAUGCUCCCUUCUCUUCUGGACAAGUUGACACCAUGAGACCUCAUCUAAAAUACCAUUUCCUAGAGGCUUUCUUCCUUAUCUGUCUGACCCUUCCUACACUAGGUCGUUGCCACACGCCACAGGGCUUUCUGUAGAAGCCAUUGGCUUGUUUAUAAUAUGAUAGUCAGCUGUGGUUUCUUGAACACCAUCUUCCUCCUCUACGCAUGAGUUCCUUCUGUUGACCUUUGCCUGGUGGGUCUCUGGAAGAGUAUUCACACAUAGUAGAAGUUGCCAGGGGAACAGGCAAAGAAUGGUCCACAGUAAUAUUUUAAGGGCUAGCCUGCCAAUGAGCUUCAAGGAGUAAUUUGGACUGAUGACUCCCAGAGAUGACCACCGAGUCUCUUAAUCAAAUUCCCUCUGAAAGCCCAAGAAACCCACUUAGACGUCUUCUUGGGAGUCUAUGGCAGGUGAGUCUCUUAAGUCACAGCCAACUACCUAGAGGUACAAGAUCUCUGGUGCAAAUGGAGCUGCAUGAUGAGAGAGACAACCAAUCAGGGCUCAAGACCACAGUGCCCAGGGGACAACCUGCCCCAUCAGAAGAUUCCUGCAAAUGUGAAGUUUCUGGAGCCUUUCUUAGCAGCACAGUUGGGGUGCACGAAGCCUGGGGGAAGGACCAGCUGAGGUGGAACUUCAAGUCCAUUCUGUGUUCAUGUUCCAAUAAAGUUAUCAAAGCACA